CUCAUUUCUCAUAGUUUGGGCUUUGAGAAUGGAAAAAAAAAGGUUUAUUCAGAGUUUCCAGCAGAGAGAAGAGAAAGGGGAGGGGAUUAUCUUCUGAAAUGGCGGCGGUAAGAGGAGCUUUGCUUAAGCACCUGAGGGUGAACGCAACGUCCUUGUCCCUGCUCCGUAACCCAAAUCCUACCCGUAACGGCCUCUUCGCUCUCACCUUCAACGCCAUACGGCGCGGUUUCUCCGAUGAGGUCAUGGGCUCUUUCCUCUGUGUGGUCAAAAACUUUCAGAAAGUUGAUCCUUCCAAGGUUAGCCCAACUGCCCAUUUUCACAAGGAUCUUGGGUUAGAUAGUUUGGACACUGUGGAGGUUGUGAUGGCCCUGGAAGAAGAAUUUGGGUUUGAGAUACCUGAUAACGAGGCAGACAAGAUCAGUUCAAUCAAUCAUGCUGUUGAGUUCAUUGCUUCUCACCCUCAGGCAAAGUAGAGGUGAAAUUAUGAAAUUCUACUCUCUCUUUAUUUUCAUUUUGUUCUCAUUAGACUUGAAACUGCAUUGGGUAAUUCCCUAAUCUCCCCUCCCAGACAAAUGCCUGUAGUGCCCUUUGAUACCGAGUGCUUGUAUUGAGGAGGAUUGUUUUUUAUAUUUACUGCUUCAAUGCUGCUGUUCCAAUUCAUAAAAUGUUUCAGCUUUUUAGUGAGAAGCUAUUUCAUUUA